AAGAGGAGGAGAGCAGGGACCCAAGUGGGCAUGGUGGCAGACAUCAAGGAGCCAAUAGAAAACUAUUUUGAAUUCUCUGUAGUCAUUGGGGGCCAAUAAGAGCUGGCCUGAGCUUAGUUAGACACAGUUUGACAAGGCUGACCAUAUCAUAGGCCUACAGAAGUUUCAGCAGUUCAUUUUUUUUUCCACUGGCCAACCACCGUGUUUUUCCUCUGGAUUAUUCACAUAACUAGAGGCUUGCCUUGACCCAGUCUGGUCUCUUAAAAUGCUGCUUUCCGUCACAGUGGAAUAGAAGAGUACUUUGGACUAUUUUAUGCAGAGAAUUUAUAGACCGUACCAGAAAGAGAGAGAGACCUUUGUAAACACCUGAAGCCAUGGCACCUGCUGUUGGAGGUCCUGUGGGCUACACCCCUCCUGAGGGGGGCUGGGGUUGGGCCGUGGUGGUUGGUGCCUUCAUUUCUAUCGGUUUCUCCUACGCCUUCCCAAAGUCCAUCACUGUGUUCUUCAAGGAAAUUGAAAUGAUCUUCCAAGUCAACAGCAGUCAAGUGUCCUGGAUCUCUUCCAUCAUGCUUGCUGUCAUGUAUGGAGGAGGUCCUAUCAGCAGUAUCCUGGUCAAUAAGUAUGGAAGUCGGCCAAUUAUGAUGUUGGGAGGCUGUCUCUCGGGAGUAGGGCUCAUCGCUGCCUCUUUCUGCAAUACUGUUGAGGGAUUGUACUUCUGUGUCGGUGUUGUGGGAGGUCUGGGACUGGCAUUUAAUCUCAACCCAGCUCUCACAAUGAUCGGAAAAUAUUUCUACAAGAGACGCCCGAUAGCUAAUGGUAUCGCUAUGGCUGGUAGCCCAGUCUUCUUGUCUACUCUGGCUCCUUUAAACACUUGGUUCUUUGAGCAGUUCGGCUGGAGAGGAAGCUUCUUGAUUCUGGGUGGACUUCUGCUUAAUUGUUGUGUAGCUGGAUCACUGAUGAGGCCCAUUGGCCCAAAGCCCCAACUUGCUGUUAAAGCUUCUAACAGUAACAGAAGAGCUAGAGAGAAAAAGACUGUGAUAGAGAUCAUCAAUGGUUUUAUCGAUCUGACACUGUUCAAGCAUCAUGGCUUCUUGCUUUACCUUCUGGGUAGCGUGGUCAUGUUCUUCGGCCUCUUCACUCCUCUUGUGUUCCUCAGUAAUUAUGCCAAGAGUAAAGAUAUUCCCAAGGAGAAAGCAGCUUUUCUGCUCUCUGUCCUGGCCUUUGUAGAUAUGGUUGCACGACCUUCAAUGGGAAUACUCGCCAACACAAAAUGGGUGAGACCAAGGGUGCAAUACUACUUCGCCGCAUCUAUUCUCCUUAACGGUGUGUGCCACCUGCUUGCCCCUCUGUCCACAGACUACACAGGAUUUGUGAUUUAUGCAAUCUUCUUUGGGUUUGCCUAUGGCUGGCUGAGCUCCGUGCUGUUUGAGACUCUCAUGGAUCUCGUGGGGACUCAGCGUUUCUCCAGUGCUGUAGGACUGGUGACGAUUGUGGAAUGUGCACCAGUGUUAUUGGGGCCUCCUUUACUAGGGAAGUUCAAUGACAUCUACCAUGACUACAAGUAUACUUACAUGGCCUGUGGAUUUAUCCUGCUGGUUGGCAGUUUGUUUCUGUUCAUCGGAAUGGGCAUCAACUACAAGCUACUGGAGAGAGAGGCAAAAGAGGAAUCCAAAAAAGCCAAUCUACAGGAGGAACCUGGCAAAGAAGUUGUAGAGGCACAGAAAGUACCGAAUGACAAUACUGCAGAGGAUGCUGUGUGACACUGGCUGAUUGGUGUUAUUCUGUUUCGUUUCGUUCGUUUAUUUUAUUUGUUAAGCACUUUUACACAACUGACCAUAGACCAAAGUGCUGUACAAAUAUGUAAAUACAAAGACAAUCACAACCAUAAAACACAACACUAAAAACACAAAUAACAGCGAAAUAAGCCCCUUAAUUUUAAAACAAUUUCUAUACUCCGUUAAAUGCUAAUGCGAGGAGGUAUUCCUUAAGUUUGUGUUUAAAAACACUUAGUCUGGGUGCCGAUCUGAGAGAAAAGGGUAAACUGUUCCAAAGUUUUGGAGCUAUCACUACAAAAGCUUGAUCUCCACUUCUCCUUUUCGUUCGCUGAAUCAUCAAAGCCUUAAAGACCAUUUUGGCUCGUAUUUCUCAAUCAGAUCCACCAAGUACAAUGGAGCCAUACUAUGCAGUGAUUUGUAAACCAAAAUUUUUUAAAUGUAUUCUGUAGUCAAUCAGUAACCAUUUUAAAAAAACUCAAAACUGGAGUAAUAUGGUCUCUCUUACGAGUACCUGUCAAAAGCCUCGCAGCAGCAUUUUGGACUAAUUGUAAGCGGUUAAGCAAAGAUUUAUUUAUGCCGGCAUAUAAUGAGUUGCAGUAAUCUAACCUUGUAAAUAUGAACACAUGAGUGACUUUUUCGAGAUCACGCAUGGACAAAAAUGUUUUUACUUUCGCUAUUAAUCUCAAGUGAUAAAAACAAGACAACCACUGUCAAAAAUAACUCGAUAACUAGAUUACACACUGAUGGCUUACAAAAAGGGGCUAAACUGCCCAGAUCAGCAAAAUUGUUUGGGACUCCAAACCACACAACUUCAGUUUUAUCCUCAUUCAGUUUUAAAAAAUUUAAAGAUAGCCAUGAUUUGAUUUCAUGUAUGCAGUCCCACAACGACUCUAUUUGCGUCUUACUGUCUUUUUCAGAGAAAGAUAGACUUGCAUCCGCAUAGAAGUGGAAAGAAAUUCUGUGCUUACUAAAAAUGGACCCAAGGGGUAACAUAUACAAAGAAAACUAAAUUGGACCGAGAAUGGACCCCUGUGGAACCCCACUAAGCAAAGAGACAGGUUGUGAAUGAUCUUGACCAACAUUUACAGAAAAUGUUCUAUUUGAAAGAAAGGACUCAAACCAUGUGAGUGCUAUACCAGGGAUUCCCACCACCUUUUCAAGGCGCGAGAGUAAAAUCUCAUGGUCAGUGGUGUCAAAUGCAGCGCUAAUGUCCAAUAAAACAAGAACUGCUGAAGACUGAGUCAACUGCCUGUCAAUAUAUAAUUUAAAACCCUGAUCAAAGCCGACUCAGUGCUGUGAUAAGCCCUGAAAGCUGACUGAAAAAUUUCAAAAAUAUCACUUUGAAGCAGAAAGGUGUUUAUUUGAUUCAAAACCACCUUCUCCAAAACCUUUGAUAGGAAAGGUAACUUUGAAAUUGGCCAAUAGUUUGAUACAACAGCAGGGUCCAAAUGUUUUUUGUUUUUUUUCAAAAGAGGCUGAACGAGAGCAUGUUUAAACUGAUUAGGAACUACUCCUGUUAAAAGACUAUUAUUUAUAAUACAUAGGAUACUAGGGCCAAGAACAUGAAAUGGUUCCUUUACUAAUCUCGCUGGAAUAAUAUGCAGUAAACAGUCAGUUGGUUUUGACUGCUUGAUUACAUCGGCUAGUGACUGCAAGGAGAUCAGUUCAAAAUGGUCAAAACUAACAGAUUCUGGGUGAUCCCUACAUUUCUACGCUCUCCACAUUGAGGAUCUAGUUACAGACACACAUUCAAGGCUAUUCAUGUUACUGAGACAGUGAUGCAUGAACAUGAUGAACAUUUCAGUGCCUUACAUGAGUGCCUGUAUAGUCAUGCAAAUUAUAUUUUUAAUUUUAUUUUUAGAAUUUAACUUUAGUUUAAAACAUUUGCUAAACAUUUUACUGUAGGACAAGAGUUUGACAUAGGAGUAAUGAAAAAGCGGUAGAUAUGCAAAGAGUGUCUUGUUAAAUAUUUGCACAAAUGAAACAUAGCUUGGUAAAUAUUUUAAGUUAAUGCAUUUUGUCAGUAUCCAUGCACACUCGCCAAUGUCUGUUUUAUGUAUUCUUAUGCAUGUGUAUGUAUGUGCGUAGCCUAUCACUGUAGUGAUGAAAGAUUGUUUACUUGUUUAAAACUUUGAAAAUGCAACCACUGUUUGUUUAUAGCCUAAUGGAAAUUUGUUCUUGAAAUGCCAAAUAUUUGCUAUCAGAGACAGUUUACAUUUUUAUCAUUUGUGUUGCAAAACAGUUAAAAUAAAAAUGAUUCUAGUUUUAAUAAGAAUUGUAUAUGCUUCAUCAUCUUUCAAGUGCUGGGUGUCAACCCUUGUGUUCUGUUGAGAUUUGAGGUUUCUUACUUACUGUAUAACUAAUAAGGAAUUACUGAAGAACUACUAGGUAAUUAUUCAUUAACAUUUAAGUCACUACUGUUUACUAAGGAAGAUAACAGUUAGCUAAUCAAUAACUAAUGAAUUCUGUCAUACCUCCUGAAGAACUACUAAUAAUUAUCUACUAAUUAAGGUUCAAGAAAAAUAACUAUGAAGUAACUACUAAUGAACAGUCAAACACAAUUACAUUGUGUUGUGGCCCUUUCUUAUUUACUAAUGUUAUCAGUAGUAGUAUUAUGAAAAUGCAAUAAUAAUAAAUACAUUGCAUAGAG